UCGUCAGACACACGCGGCGUGGCAGCGUGCCAGUAUUGACACUCCCACGGACGCGCGCGCGCGGUGACCCGGCGAGCGGGACACUUUUUGCAGCGUGCGGGCUAUAAGGAGAGGGAGUGGCGCUCUGGAGAGCAGUGAGGAGAGGAACUCCACACGCAGACAGCGACACGGCAGCGCCCGGGAUAACGUGAUUAGCGCUCUAUUAAGUCCGCUGCCGAGCGCAACUAGAUGCAGCGCAGAGACCAUAGAGAGUGGAGGGAGAAGAGGCGCAGGGGAAACGCUUCAUCCGGCACAUGGAUCUUCUUUGCCUCCUCUUGAUUUGCCCAAAGAAGUUCCCCGGUCGCACUAUUUUAGUGCCCUGGCACUGGAGAGCCGCUGUCAUCGCUCCUUGUUUUAGAUAAAGUGUCGUCUUUUAAAGUAUCCCUCACAAUGAGGAGGAAAAAUCUGGGAAAGUCUCACAGGAGUGAUUCAGUCUCUUCUCCUCUCAGCUCUCCUGGGAACCACUAGUUCUUUCCUUCCUGGCGGAUGAUAUUUGUAACCUCAGGUGAACUCUUAAAGGAAGUGGGCCAAACCGCCACCAUGGCGGACAGCAAUAGCACCAACCAGAGCUUACCUAGCUUGGCCCCUUACAGCCUACGGAUAGCCCUGCCACUGCUCGUGGGCUUCAUGAUCCUGCUCAUAGUGUUCGGUAACGUCCUGGUGGUCAUUGCUGUGUUUACAAGCCGGGCUUUGCGAGCCCCACAGAACUUGUUCCUGGUUUCCCUGGCCUCGGCGGACAUUCUGGUGGCCACCCUCGUGAUGCCCUUCUCCCUGGCCAACGAACUCAUGGGAUAUUGGUACUUCGGCGAUGUAUGGUGUGAGAUUUACCUCGCGCUCGAUGUUCUUUUCUGCACCGCGUCCAUCACCCAUCUGUGCGCGAUCAGCUUAGACCGCUACUGGUCCAUCACACAGGCCAUCGAGUACAACCUGAAGAGGACGCCUCGCCGCAUCAAGUGCAUCAUCUUUAUAGUUUGGGUUAUUGCUGCAGUUAUCUCAUUCCCGCCACUUAUCACAAUGGAGAAAAACAACAACGAGGCAUACCCCGAGUGCAAGAUCAAUGACCAAAAAUGGUACGUCAUCUCCUCCUGCAUCGGAUCCUUCUUCCUACCGUGCGUCAUCAUGGUACUGGUCUACGUACGGAUCUACCAAAUCGCCAAAAAAAGGACACGGGCGCCACCCGGAGACCGGAAGCCAAAUGCCGUUUUGAAGUCACCUAAUACUCCUCCUGCAAAUGGGAAGGAGAAUGGCGCAGGCGACGACAAGGACCGCCUCUGUCACGAGAAACUGAACGGUGAACAGGCCAUAGAGCUCCAGGGAGUUGGAGGACACAGGAAGGCAGAGGAGGCAAAAGGCGAGAUCAAUGGAGUGGACCUCGAGGACUCAUCGUCCUCUGACCAUAAAGUGAAUAAUCCAUGCUCCAUUAGAAAGAAAACAAACAAGGGGAAACCCAGAUUGAGUCAAAUCAAACCAGGGGAUUCCAACGUCCAAAAGCAAGAGUCGAACACCAAAGGCAGCCGCUGGAAAGGUCGUCAAAAUCGUGAGAAACGUUUCACCUUCGUCUUGGCAGUGGUCAUUGGUGUCUUUGUCAUUUGUUGGUUUCCUUUUUUCUUUACUUACAUGCUGAAAACUCUUUGCAUAUCCUGCAACGUGCCUGCAACCUUGUUCAAGUUCUUCUUCUGGUUCGGCUACUGCAACAGUGCCCUGAACCCUUUGAUAUAUACUGUUUUCAACAACGACUUCAGGAGGUCGUUCAAAAAGAUACUGUGCAAGAGGGACACCAGGAGAUACGUAUGACUCCAGCUUUGCAUCCUUGUAUAUUAUAUAUAUAUAUAUAUAUAUAUAUAUAUAUAUAUAUAUAUAUAUAUAUAUAGGGAUAUAUAUAUAUAUAUUGUGCAUCCAUUGUAAAACAGUAUGCCCAUUGUGCAUGAACCUGCAAUCUGUGAUCGCUCAGGAAGGUGUUUAUCUGCAGACUCUUCCUUCCCUUUGAAUGCAUCCACCUGUCACAGCUUUAUCACCACGAUGGAGAUCACAGAGAAAACCACAGUAAGAUCAUAUUUUUAUUGUAUCUGCUUUUUUUUUUUU